UCCUACCUUAUUAUAUUAUGGAUGUGGCUGCACACGUCCCUGGUGUUUCGGGUUGUUUCCUAGUGGCUUUAUUUUGUGCUUCAUUGAGUACAAUAUCGUCAAGUUUAAAUGGGCUAUCUGGAGUAAUCUACAAAGAUUUCUUGUAUAAAUUUUUAAAUGAAAACAUUAAGGAACAAACUGUGACAACUAUUUUGAAAUUGAUUACCGCACUUUGUGGCAUUGCGAUCAUAGGUUUGGUUUUGAUAAUGCAGCACUUGGGAGACAUUGUUCCGUUGGCUACUAGUGUUGCAGCAAUGUCACAAGGACCAUCCAUGGGCAUGUUCACUUUAGGUGUUCUAUUUCCAAAAGCAAAUUCUGAAGGUGCGUUUUAUGGAGCUAUUGGUGGUUUUAUUUUCACAGCAAGUAUCGGCCUGCCUUUAAAAUUUUACAAUUUAGAGAAAAAGUUUUCCUACCCAUCAAAACCUCUCUCAGUUGAAAAUUGCAGCGUUUCAAAUCAAACAGGAUUUGAAUUUCAGCAGAUAAAUAAUUCUGUUGUGCAUUCCAGUACUUCUUCGCCGUAUUUUGCUACCGAAAAAAAAAGAACAGAGGAAGAACUGCCGCCUUUCAUAUUUCGCAUUUCGCACUUUUACCACACUCUUCUUGGUGCCCUUGUUACAGUGAUGUUGGGACUGGUAAUCAGUUACUUUACAAAUAAGGGUGAUAGUAUAACUGACAAAACAUUGUUGACUCCAUUGGUUCACAAGUUUGUACCACACAAGUCAGAUAAGCGAGAAAUGCAAACUCUCGUAAAGCAUAAUAAAUAGUAAAAUUAAUAUUAGUGUAAU